AUGCUUCGGAUCGCUUCGGACUAUAAACAGAACAGUKCAACCCCCAAGGGAGUUCAAGCUGGGAUGUAUCCAUGGAGACGAGAAAAGUUUUCGUCUCAAGAGAAUGGAAAAGUUAACUACAAAAUACUAACAAGUGUGCAAAGUACUAAAAAGGAGUAUUCAACAGCAGCCAUAAGAGACUCAAUAAGAACCUACUUUAAGACAAGAAAAAGGAGACAUGUCCAAAGACAACAAAACAAGACCAAAGAAUAUUUGAAGUCGUCACGGGCCCGCACAAGAAUGAAUACUAAAAGACAACAGCGCAAAAAAGUGUUGAUGGAAUCAACCUCUUUUUCUGAUGCUAACAGAGAAAAGCUGUUGCCUGUACUAACAAAUGCCUACAUGUCAUCUGAUGAGUCCAUGUCGGAYGAAUCAGAUGACAACAAUAUUAGUGAUGAUGGUUCAAAUUCUGAUGGUGAGAACAAUGAGCCCAAGACUAAGGUCAUAGUUGUAAAGAAAUUAACUUGGAGGAGUGACGAACUGAACCAGGCUUUUAAAAAGCUUGAUCGAAGACUUGCAAGAAGGCGAUCAGCGAAAGGGAACUCUAUGGUAAUUAAAAGAAGAGAAGGCCCUCCAUCAUCUAGAACAGUACCUGAGGGUGCGCCAGGUUGGGCCAUGAGAAUCUAAACUUUUUAAAUUGUUUUAUUAUAAAUGUACAUAGUUUAUUAUUCAGAUAAUAUAUUAAAUACAUUGAAAAGUUACUGUUAACAAAAGGGCUAGGAGACUGUAGCCUUAAAGACUUUCUUAAAACUUUUUCUUACAAUUUUGCUUUAAUCAAAUCAUGAUUGGGGCACCAUUAGUAUAUUUUACUAGCUUUCAAAUGAAUUUUUUUAUAAUUUUAUAAGUGUAAAUAGAAUAUACAUUAUGAUAGGAAUUCCUUUUUAAAAGAUGCAUUGUCCUUUACUAGAUUCUUGUUAUAGUUUUACAGAA